AACGUCGAGCAAUCUAUUCUGUUUAUAAAGGCUUCCAUGAGCUCGACAGCGUGAGGAAGUGCUUGAUAGCCCCACAUUGGUGUCGCCAUAGCCGCACUUGCCACAAAAGACGAUAUAAACGCCUGGAAAGGAUUGCGCUCCGGUCGCUAGGAGCAUGCCGGAGUAGUGGCUGAAUAUGGCUCGUGUGUUGCGGCACCUGUUUCCUGCCUGUCACUCAAGAGUUUGGAGGGAAUUUCGACAGCCCUCGCUGUCGUUCGGGAGCCGAAUAUGCGCAAGCUACCCGUAUCAAGCUGCCUCUCAUUCUCAAACUGCUGAAAGUCCCGCAACCUCUUCUAGAAGAUCUGGUGAAAUUUCUAUUGUUCACGGGGACUCAAGAACCGUGGACAACGAGAAAACCAAUGGAUAUUCGGGUUCAACAUAUACUUAUGAGGAUACUAUUGCCGCCAUAGUUACUUCUUUAGGAGGUCAAGAUGGUUCCGUAGCAAUUGUGAGGCUAUCUGGAUCAUCUGCGGUGUCAAUUGCCGGGCAGCUAUUUCGGCCAGCAAGAAAGUCCAGAAACGGGGCUUCCUGGCAACCCAAGAGUCAUAAAGUCGAAUAUGGAACGGUUGUGGACUCUUCUGGAGCGAUUAUUGAUGAGGUUCUAGUCGUGCCCAUGCUGGCUCCUAGGUCAUAUACAAGAGAAGAUGUGGUGGAGCUGCAGUGUCAUGGGGGUAGUAUCUGUGUCCAUCGCGUCCUUCAACUUUGUCUUCAAUCUGGAGCAAGGCUUGCUAAACCUGGGGAGUUUUCAAUGCGAGCCUUUUUGAAUGGGCGUUUGGACCUUGCUCAAGCAGAGAAUGUGGCCGAACUUAUUUCCGCGAAAUCUUCAGUGGCAGCCGAAACUGCUUUAGCUGGAAUGCAGGGAGGGUUGUCAUCAUUGGUCCACACCAUCCGGGAACAGUGCUUGGAGCUGCUGGGGGACAUCGAAGCGAGACUCGAUUUUGAAGACGAAAUGCCUGUUUUAGAACAAGCGGAAGUUGUAAGUAAAAUUGACUCCAUGUGGGAGCGUUUACAAGAAGCGUUAGGAACUGCCAGGCGAGGAGAGCUACUGCAAGCUGGUUUGCAGGUCGCGAUUGUCGGAAGACCUAAUGUUGGAAAAUCCAGCCUCCUAAACGCUUGGAGCCAAAGUAGUAGAGCAAUUGUUACAGAUGUUCCCGGAACAACUCGCGAUGUAGUGGAAGCAGAUGUAGUGGUGGGCGGUAUCAGCGUUAAUCUUCUCGAUACAGCGGGUAUACGAGCCACUGAUGAUCUCGUGGAAAGCAUAGGAGUACAGAGAUCAAAAGCCGCUGCAAAAGGGGCCGAUAUAAUUGUGAUGGUCGUAAGUGCGUUGGAUGGCUGGACACCACAGGACAAUGACAUCUUUGAAGAGAUUUGGGAAUGUCCUACAAGUCUCCAAGGAGGGACAGCAUCCUAUUCAAAUGGGUCGUUGAGUUCCUCAAAGAUCGCGCAGGUGCCAUCAAUACUUGUUAUCAAUAAGGUGGACACAGCUUCUCCCACUUCAGUUAUACUUCCAGAAAAAGUCAGCAACGCUUUUUCUACUAUAGUCCCGACUUGUGCACCUCAGAGUGUGGGGUUAAAAAACUUGGAGGCCGCACUGCUGAAAUUGGUUGGCUUUGGCGAGGUGACUACAGGUGGAAGGCAGUGGGCUGCAAAUCAGAGACAAGCAGAGCAGCUUCUACGAGCCAGUGAGGCUCUGGAGCGUGUCAAAGCUUCGGCGCAACAGGAUUUUCCAAUUGAUAUGUGGACAGUAGAUUUGAAAGAAGCUGCCAUCGCUUUAGGGCAGAUUAGCGGUGACGACGUUACCGAAGAGCUGUUGUCAAGCAUCUUCAGCCGUUUUUGCAUCGGCAAGUAAAGUCGUGCAUUUAAGCUUCACA